AUGGAGGGAAGGAGACUGGACAAACUAGAUCGCGAUCAACAUCGGAGAGGGAACCUCGACAGAGUGUACUCUGGCAGGCACCUGGAUGAUCAGUCGGUCUACCAUAGCGAUGACGACGCUCCUGAAGCCAAUGCAGUAGAUUCGUCUGCAAAGGAUGAUGAUGAGAAGCAGGGAACCCCCGUGCUUGAAGUUAGAGCAGGAAUCUUGAAUGAACGCGACACUGAUUUGGAAGCGGCUGCUCGCGAUCAGAGUACGCUGGAAAAGUCACGAACGGCCAAGUCUGACAGAUCUCGGGAUCCUAAACUGGUAACAUGGGAUGGCCCCGAUGACCCUGAGAACCCUAAGAAUUGGACAAACAAGAAAAAAUGGGCUGCUAUUAUCACGGUCUCCCUCUUCACUUUCAUCUCCCCAGUAUCUUCGUCCAUGGUUGCCCCUGCGUUGCCGUCGAUUGCAAGCGAAUUUCAUAUCGAGGACCAGGUGUCUUCCCAGCUUACUCUGUCCAUUUUCGUGUUGGCCUAUGCCGUCGGACCUCUGUUUCUGGGGCCGCUUUCAGAGAUCUACGGAAGAGUUAUCGUUCUGCAAUUGUCCAACUUGUUCUAUCUCGUGUUCAACAUCGCAUGCGGCGUCUCGCGAACUAAGGGGCAGAUGAUCGCUUUUCGAUUUCUGUCUGGCCUUGGAGGCAGUGCUCCGUUAGCUGUUGGUGGAGGUGUGCUUUCGGACUGUUUUAAACCAGAAGAGCGCGGAAAAAGUGUUGCAAUCUACAGUCUUGCUCCGCUCCUUGGUCCAGCUGUCGGUCCUAUAGUCGGUGGCUUCAUUUCUCAAGACACCACCUGGCGAUGGGUCUUUUAUGCCACCUCCAUUGCCGACGGAGUCAUCCAAUUCGGGGGGCUAUUCUUCCUCCGUGAAACAUACGCACCCAAGAUUCUGAAAUGGAGAGCAGAGCGGAUCCGAAAGGAGACGGGUGAUUCGGCGUACCAGACUGAAACCGAGCGACAGAACAAAACCCUUUCGCAAACGAUGCGGACUGCGCUGGUGCGGCCGUUCCGCCUCUUGUCCACCCAGCCCAUCGUUCAAGUCUUGGCGCUGUACAUGGCCUUUAUUUAUGGGACGAUGUACCUUGUCCUUUCGACGUUCAGCUCUCUGUGGACAGGUGUUUACAAUGAAUCUACGGGUAUUGGUGGUCUGAACUAUAUCUCCCUUGGCUUGGGAUUCUGGCUGGGCUCUCAGAUAUGCGCUCCACUGAAUGACCGCAUCUAUCGCCGGCUCAAAGCCCGUAAUAACAACGUCGGCAGGCCCGAAUUUCGAGUACCUCUUUUGGUUGUGGGCGCUUUCCUCACCCCAGUGGGUCUAUUUAUCUAUGGCUGGACCGCUCAGUUUCGCCGCCACUGGAUCGCCCCUAACAUUGGUGCCUGUCUCUUCGGUGCUGGGAACAUCAUCGCCUUUCAGUGCAUCCAGACCUACAUGGUGGAUACAUACACGAGAUUCGCUGCCAGCGCCCUAGCCGCGGUGGCUUUCUUGCGUUGCAUAUGUGGAUUCGCCUUUCCACUAUUUGCACCGUACAUGUACAACGCGCUGCACUACGGAUGGGGUAAUAGUUUGUUAGCUUUUGUGUCUAUUGGUCUGGGGAUACCGGCGCCUAUAUUCCUCUGGAAAUAUGGAGAGAUUCUGCGCAAGCGCAGUCCAUAUGCGGCGGGUUAG